AGCCCAAAGGCCUAGCGUCGUACUGUGGAGUCGUAGACCCAUGAUGCACCAGAAAGCAGACAACUCCCACUUGUCCACAUCUCGUCUUCUGGCCCUUUUCCACUACUGCCCUUUAAAAGUCACCAAAUCCGCAUCGAUUGUGGUGCGUGCCACAACUCAAAAGGCCCACUUUUAACCCACCCAUUUCGCAUAUGGGCAGUUCCGUCAUUUUCCAACAGACGUUGUACGGCCAAAGUUGAACGAGCUGUCGAUCUCACAUCUCUCGCACGAUUUUAACGACACGUGUGCUGAAUUCACAAGUGCGAAACACCGGCCGUCGAUCUGUUGUACCGACAGUCAAGAGCCGUACGAUCGCGACCCACAUCUCAUGGCAUGAACAGAACGUAACAGCGCCGUUAGUGAACUGGAAACUGCCGUCAAGUCCAGUUGGCUGCAUUCACGAGUCGCCAUAGGCUGACGGCGUACAGUCACUAGCGGAAAGCCCGCCCUCAUUUGGAAUGGUAUACGAGAGAGAAAGGGAGAGUGAUUGAAAAUGCAAUGCGUGCGAGUCUUCUUUCUCACGCCCGUUUUGUGCCACUCUCCUUUGAUUCUCUGCUGAAAAUUCCUCAUAUUUCACUAUGAAACGCAUCGAAUCUUAUUCAUCUUCACCCUUUUCUCCUUCCAUUUAUUCACCACUCUUCUCUCAAUUCAACGCCUCUCUCCAUCACCUCUUCACCUUAGCAGAAGCGGCAAUGCAUCGCUUUUCUUUCUCGUUGCUCUUUCUUGCUCUGUUUGUAAUCAUCUGUGAAUGUGUAGAUGAUUCUGAAGUGCUUCUAAAGCUCAAACGUGGUUUGAUAUUGGAACCGCAAAAAAUCUCCUUCUUAAAGGAUUGGGAGACGGGAAAAGACCACUGUCUAUGGAGUGGCGUUACCUGCAAUGACGAGGCUCGGGUGGUGGCCCUCAACAUUUGCUUCAUCCCUCUCCAUGGCCGCAUCUUCGGCGACAUUGGCCUACUCGACAAACUCGUCAAUGUCACCCUUUCCAGCAGCAAUCUCACUGGAAACCUCCCACCCCAAAUUGGGCACCUCAGGUCUCUCCGUUUCCUUAAUAUCUCCAACAACGAUUUAUCUGGGGACAUCCCGACGACCUUUUCAGGGUUGCAGGAACUCGAGGUUCUUGACGCCUACAAUAACAAUUUCUCAGGCCCUCUUCCUCACGAGGUCGCCUCGCUCAAAGGGCUUCGUCACCUCCAACUUGGUGGAAACUACUUCAGCGGCGAGAUUCUCACCAGUUAUGGAGGAGUUGAGAGUUUGGAGUACUUGGGCCUCAAUGGAAACGCGCUUUCUGGUCACAUACCAGGAGAGCUAAGCAUGUUAUCAAACCUUAGAGAGAUGUAUCUUGGCUACUAUAAUUCGUACAGCGGAGGUAUUCCCUCCGAGUUUGGUCUUUUCGCCAAGCUUGUUCGCCUCGAUCUGGCAUCAUGUAAUUUAUCCGGCCAGAUUCCGGCGACUCUAGGACAAUUAAAGUUUUUGGAUACAUUGUUUUUGCAGAUGAAUAGAUUUUCCGGGGAGAUUCCAGAGGAGCUUUCCGGCCUAAAGAGCGUGAAAUCUUUGGAUUUGUCAAAUAACCAGCUUACUGGAGAGUUGCCGGAAGGCUUUUCAGAGCUUAGAGAGCUUACCCUGCUUAACCUCUUCAGAAACAAUCUUCAUGGUGCGGUCCCUCCAUUUAUAGCAGAGCUCCCAAACCUUGAGGUUUUGCAACUAUGGGAGAACAAUUUUACUGGCUCACUGCCUGAAAAUCUCGGCCGAAAUGGCAGGCUUCUGAAACUCGAUCUCACGGCCAACAGAUUGACGGGAUUGAUACCGUCAGCUCUCUGUUUCGGUGGUAGAUUUCAGGUCUUGAUUCUUCUCGACAACUACUUCUUUGGCCCAAUACCAGAAUCACUCGGCAUAUGUAAAUCUCUGACUAGAGUUCGCCUGGCGAAGAAUUUCUUGAAUGGGUCGAUUCCUGAAGGAUUUCUGAACCUACCAUUAGCCGAUAUGAUUGAGCUCACCGACAAUUACCUUUCUGGCAAACUUCCGUCGAGGAUUUCAGCCUCUGUUGUGCUUGGAGAGCUUAUACUCUCCAACAAUCUCUUUACAGGGAGCAUUCCAUCUUCCAUUUCAAACCUUACUGGACUGCAGACUCUCUCUCUGGAAGGCAACCAGUUUUCGGGAGAGAUCCCACAAGGAAUUGGGGAGCUCCAGCAGCUAUCAAAGCUCAACCUCAGCAACAACAAGUUUUCCGGGAAGAUUCCGGCCGCUCUUGGUCGAUGCUUCUCUUUGUACUCUGUUGAUAUAAGCAACAACCAACUAGCCGGAACAAUCCCUGAUGAGCUCGCCGACCUCCACAUACUCAAUGUUCUCAAUCUGUCCGGAAAUCAUCUCUCAGGUGAGAUUCCUGCAAAGAUGAAGUGGAUGCAGAGCCUCACGUCGCUUGACCUCUCAUAUAACCAGCUCUCCGGCAUCGUCCCCACAGGUGGGCAAUUCGCGGCAUUCAACAUGAGCUCGUUUAUGGGAAACCCUGAUCUCUGCGGUAGCCCGCUGCGAUACCCCUGUUCCCGGAAACAUGUCCCGAGCGAGAAUGGUGGGGAACACGGCGCAAAAACCAGCUUGAAAAUGCUGGUUUCUCUCAUCGUGUUACUGGCCUUGGGUGUAUUUGCAGCUGUUUUUGUACGCAUGAUGAAGGCAAGGGAGGCGAAGAGGAAAAGCGAAAAGGCAUGGAAGCUCACUGCGUUUCAGAGGCUCGAUUUCAGUUACAUGGACGUGCUUCAAUGCUUAAAAGAAGAGAACAUGAUAGGGAGUGGAGGAGCCGGGGUCGUGUACAGAGGCGUGAUGCCGAGCGGCCAAGAGGUGGCCAUCAAAAGGCUGAGAACCACAGUGGAGAAAUCGGACGACGACCGUGGGUUCUCGGCGGAAAUCCAGACGCUGGGGAGGAUAAGGCACAGGCAUAUCGUGCGGCUGCUGGGGUUCUGCUCAAAUAAGGAGACGAAUUUGCUGGUGUACGAGUACAUGAGGAAUGGGAGCUUGGGUGAGGUGUUGCAUGGGAGGAAAGGUGGGCAGGUUUUGGGGUGGGAGACGAGGUGCAGGAUUGCGGUGGAGGCCGCCACGGGCUUGUGUUAUUUGCACCACGAUUGCUGCCCCAUGAUUAUUCAUAGGGAUGUUAAGUCUAAUAACAUAUUGCUUGAUUCCACCUUGGAGGCUCAUGUCGCUGACUUUGGCCUCGCCAAGUUCAUGCAGGAUGCAGCCGCCUCCCAGAGCAUGUCCACCGUAGCCGGAUCCUAUGGCUACAUCGCUCCAGAGUAUGCAUAUACGCUGAAGGUGGACGAGAAGACGGAUGUCUACAGCUUCGGGGUGGUGCUGCUCGAGCUGAUCACCGGGCGCAAGCCGGUGGGGGAGUUCGGGGAAGGGGUGGACCUGGCACGGUGGGUGCGCAAGAUGGCUGAGUGCUCGCCGGACAUGGUUUCGGUGGUGAGUCAGGUGGUCGAUACUCGCCUCACCGCUUACCCCCUGCACUCGGUCACCCACCUGUUCAGGGUGGCGAUGCUGUGCGUGGAGGAGCAGAGCGUGCAGAGGCCCACUAUGCGGGAGGUGGUGCACAUGCUCACCAACCCUCCCGCUGCUCCUGACCUCCUAUCUCUCUAAUUGAACAACAAUACACAAGCUUGUACAUAUUAUCUAUCUGUUUGUUUGUGACCUCUCUUACUCUCUUAAUCGUACCUGCAAGUUUCGAAA